AUGUCUCUCAUCAUGUCCUAUGGCCUCGAACACUCUCAAACCGUGGGAGAGAGGUUAUAUGGUAAUGAUGUGUUUGAAAAGGUUAAGAAUAGUCUUUCAAGCCUCCAACCAUCAACAACAGAAAAUAUUUCUUCUCAUCUCGAAAAUCACGAUUCAAACAAAAUCCAUACUGGUAGCAAGACAAAGACAGCCUACAAGAGUCAACAAUCAUCGGAGAGUCACACAUUGACAGCUUCUACAAAUUCAAUAUCUUCGACGGAGAGUUCAAAAAACAAGAGAAUCUCUUCUUCGAUCAAGUCAUUGUCAAUUACAUUAGACACGAGCCAUCAAAACUACAAAGGAAAGGCAUUGGAUCAUCAAACAACCAAUCAAUGCAUUUAUCUCACCACAUUACUAGGCAUGUUGGAUAAUUUAAGAAAACUGUCCAUAGCUUCUCAAGUUGCAAUUGCGAACAUCACGUCAUUGAGUGACAAAACGUUUAAGAGAGUGUGCCUUGUGCAUGACAAGUAUCAAGAGUUGAGGGCCAAACUUGAGAGUAUGGAAUAUGAUCAUUUACGUACCAAGGAUGAAACGAAACCUGUGGUGAGAUAUCAAGAACCUGAGCAAGGACGUUUCAAUCCAAGUACCAUGAGUGACGGAUGGUAUGAACAAUACUUGAAGUGUCCUGAUAAUCCCAAUUUCAAACCACUCGAAGACUUGAUUUUGAAACCUGGCUAUGCCAAUACAACCAUUUCUCAAAAUUAUUCAAAUCCAGACGGUAUAUUUUCUUCUUGGAAAGAUAAUUAUGUUCGACAAAUGAAGAAUGAAAUCAAAAACAAUUCGGCUCUAGCGUCUUCAAGAAAAUCCUUACAAAUUGGAGAUGUGGUUGUACCUGAGAAAAAAGUGAAAAGAAUCAAACAGGCAUGGAAACAGUUUGAUAAAGAUAAUGGUCUCAAGCAACUAGUACAAAAACGAGAAGGAAGUUGCAGUAGUAGUACACAACUGUCAGAAUCACAAAAGAUUGUCAUUACAGGUUGUCAACAAGCAGCCCCAACUAGGAAAACAAAGAUUCAUUCCGUCAUGAGAUCUGCAAGUCAAAAAACGAUUCUGACUACAGCCACAAAUGUUUCAUCUCCACCUAAAGCAGAUGUAAGGCGAAAACCAUUACCAUCAAUACCGAAAUCUAACAGUCAAGCCAGUGGUGAGUCAAAUAUUUCUGAAUUAUCACUGAACUUGAAAAUAUCAUCACCUUCACACGAGUCUUCCCCAAUUCCAUCGUCGACAAGCGAAGAAGUUUCCCAACCAAUCAGCUCAACAAACAGUUCAAUAUCAGAGAGCACUGCAACUGCAUCAACCAUCUUGUCACAACAAGAUUGUUCUCACACAGACAGUUCUUCUAUUGGAAUGAAUCAUGAAUCUAGAACUCUCAUUCCUCCACCUCCAUCAAUACCAGCACAAAAUUAUAUUCCACCUCCCCCGCCAAUGUCAUCAGCCCAGUCUGUACUCGUCACUUCUCCAACAAUUCCUCCUCCACCUCCUCUUACUUCCAUAUCCCUUACCUCAAACGCCGUUGGUAUUAAAAUCUCUGAGUUGGCAGGUGUCAGCAGACAACAGAAACAAUCAGUCUCACCAAGAGAUCAAACGGUUAGAAAUGAUACUAUGGCUGAUUUGCUUGAGAGUAUACGAAAAGGAAUUAAGCUUUCUAAGGCCACAGAACGAGUCAUUGCUCAAAAACCACCUCCUACAAAAGAAGCAUUUGAUGUGUUCAGUGUUCUCAAAGAAAAGUUCAAACUUGCAAGAGGUGGAGAAUCAUGUGAUGAAUCGUUUCGUCAUAAUUAUGGAGAGUCAGCCUCUGAAGAUUGGUAA